GUUCUUGCUCCUCUCCGCAGUGUCUGACCAGGCCUUUGUCACACUGGCCACCAAUGACAUGUACUGCCAGGGCGCCCUGGUCCUGGGGCAGUCCCUGAGGAACCAGAGGGCGACCAGGAAGCUGGUGGUGCUGGUCACACCUCAGGUGUCCAGCCUGCUCAGGGUGAUCCUGUCGAGGGUGUUCGACGAGGUACUAGAGGUGAACCUGAUGGACAGCGCAGACUACAUCCACCUGGCCUUUCUGAGGAGACCUGAGCUGGGCGUCACCCUCACCAAGCUUCACUGCUGGACCCUCACCCAUUACAGCAAGUGUGUCUUCCUGGAUGCGGACACCCUGGUGCUGUCCAACAUCGAUGACCUGUUCGAUCGGGGCGAGUUCUCGGCGGCCCCGGAUCCCGGCUGGCCGGAUUGCUUCAACAGCGGGGUGUUUGUCUUCCAGCCUUCUCUGGAGACGCACAGCCUCCUGCUGCAGCACGCCACCGACCACGGCAGCUUUGACGGGGCCGAUCAAGGCUUGCUGAAUAGCUUCUUCAGUAGCUGGUCGACGGCGGACAUCCACAAGCACUUGCCGUUCAUCUACAACUUGAGCAGUAACACGGCGUACACCUACAGCCCUGCCUUCAAACAGAAGUGUGUGCUUGGUGUCCUUGUCACCAGAGGCUGCAGCUUUCUCCAGGCUUGCCUCAGUGGCAUUGGCGUGCCGUGUGCAAAUCCAGCUCCCAGAGCCGAGGGGCGGUGUGCAAACUCAGUGCCCGGAGCCGGGGAGCCGUGUGCACGUUCAGCGACAGGGUCCAGCCAGGCUUGGAACGCCGAGGACCGUUCGGCGCCGACUGUGGUCGAGGAUGAGAUGCCACCGUCACCUGAAGAAAGCCACUCGGAAGACAUGCUAGGUUGGCCUGACAUGGAGACGUCCGCUGGAGUCGUGUACGACCCGUUGUUGUCAGUUUCUCCGCAAUGCGCAGACUUCACGGAGACCCAGGCAGCCUCGAAGCCAGCGGCUAAGACAGAAGGUGACCCAUUGGAGGAGUCCGUGGAGCUAAGCCAGGAGCCCCCUGUGGAUGUCACCAGGGACCGCAGGCCUCAGGAUGCACUGCAGGUCGACAUGGCCAUCUCCGUUUCCCGGAUUUCCAUCGAGGAGAAGGUCCUGGAGCUGAGCCCCGAGGAGGAAAGGCGCCAGUGGGAAGAGGGGCGCAUCGAUUACAUGGGGAAGGACGCUUUCGCCCGCAUUCAGGCAAAGCUGGACCGCUUUCUGCAGUAGUCUGUGCCUUUCUGUGGCUGGAGCCGGAUCGCUGAUGCUGUGUCACGUGGACACUCGCUCCGGCCGGUCCUUCUAGAGGGAGAAAGCUGUUCAACUCUGUGCCUCUAUUUAUGCUUAUUUAUGGUGGACCAACAGGAGCGCCUCCGCUGGAAGUCCCCCGACUGGUCCACCCCACCCACACCUGCGCCACUUCUCGGACAGGUCAGCCCUUCCUCUCAGCGUGUCGGCAGCAGGCGGCAGGGGGCCGCUUCCAGCAGACCCUCGAGAACAGCCUCAGACAGGUGCUACUGUGUCUGUCCUACUUUGGGUCUAACGCCACAGCAGACUUGCUUCUGUCCCUAAGCUGAUAACACUGGUGUUAUGCAUUCAGGACCUUGGGGACCCUCAAGGACCGUGGAAAGUCCUUCUCUUGGGGACACGCUCAGACAGCGUACCUGUGCCUCUCCUUUCGAUGUUGCGAAGCGUAGCUGAGGAGUGACACGGGGGCUGUCGUGUUCUCUUCUGCAAAAACCCCACAGGAUUUCCAAGUGCCAUUGACAGACACCCGAUGUGGGACAUGCUACAGGUAGCCAGAGGAACGGGUCUAGCUGGCGCGGGAAAUGGAAUGUCCCUCGAACUGGGUGAAGCCACUGGUUGAGCAGAACCGAGGGUUUUUAACCCAAGUGGCCUCUGGGGACAGCUCGCGCGUAACAGGAUCUGGGGAGGGGAGCUCUCUCUUUGGAGGCAAAACCGUUGCGGGCCCGUUGCGCUCGACUUCACUGGGUGUCUCUACCUCAGUCCUCAAUAGCUACCGACUCACAGUGGUCUGAACCAUUUCAGCGCUUGUCUUUUGCAAGAACGGUCGGUUCUGUGAGACCGGACACUUCGUUCCACGGGGACGCCUCAUCUCCAGGGGUGCCCCCAUUUUGUGAUGGGAUACAGUAUGUUGGGACAUCUCACGGGGACACGCCGGGUGACCGCCACAAUCAGAAUUAAAAACAGACAUUGCCGUACUAAAGAGAACGCAAUGUGAUUUUUUUU